AUGGCGGCAAUUGCGGCAGGGGCGAGAUCGCUUGCUGCAUCUUCCCUUUCCUCCCAAUGCGCAUUAUCCAAUUUGUCGUCUGCGAAGCGAUACCGCUCAACCCCUCCGCUUUCUGCCAAAUGCGCACUCUCUCCCCGCCGCGCGCUCGUUCCAUCUAAACGGCUCCAGUCGCCACGUCAGCCACAAAGCCAUGCCUCGUUUUUCGCGAGAAGACUAGUCACGCCCGUAGUAUCCUCCUCCGCUGCUGCGGCCGCCUUUCCAGACAGAAACGGCGCGAGCGCUGACAAUGAAAUCUCUCAUUUAGAGAGCGUCCCGCUUCAGAUCCCCACCUCCAACAGUGUUGAUGCUGCGCCCCCCCGUUUCUCGCAAAGACAUCAGAACUCCCCCUUAGACUCCCGCCUUCCGCUUCCGACGCUGCCUUCCGCCCUUCCCGCGAUCCUCCUCGUCGCCGCCACGGCGCUUUUUCCGCUCUUCCUCUCCCUCAUUACCCCAUUCCCCGCACUAGCCUCCGACCCCUCCGCUGCAGCAACCGCCGCAAGUGGAGCCGCGGCUGGCGCGGCGACAUCCAUAGCCAAGUCGGGUCUUGGGUUGCGCGUCGCGGCGGCGCUGCGCGAGUCGCAUUGGCCGGACGCGGCGAUCGUGACCUUCAUCGCGUCGCUGCCGGUGGUGGAGUUAAGAGGCGCCAUACCUGUCGCCUACUGGAUGGGCAUGGAGCCGUUAGUAGCUUCCUCUCUUGCCGUCCUCGGCAACAUGGUGCCAGUGCCGUUCCUCCUCACUCUCCUCGGGCCAGCCACCACCACUCUCGCCCGCAUCAACCCUUCCCUGAAAGCCCUCCUCAACUCCUUCCUCGAGCACUCCCGGGCCAAGGCGGCCCCCAUCGCCGAGUUCCAGUGGCUCGGCCUCGCUCUCUUCGUCGCCGUCCCCCUGCCCGGCACCGGAGCAUGGUCGGGGGCGAUCGGUGCGUACAUUCUCGGGAUGCCGUUUUGGGAGGCGCUGACUGCGAACCUGGCUGGUGUGAUGCUUGCAGGGGUGCUCGUGAACCUGCUUGUCACACUUCCCCUGCAGCAGGCGCUUGGGUUGGCGGUGCUGCUGCUGGGGUUCUCGUCCGUUUGCUGGUCUCUGCUCAGAUGGAUCCGGAAGAAAAUCAGUUCAUAA